AUGUCUUCUAAGGGAAGAACUAAAACUAACAGUUCGUCUUCUACCAAGUCUUCUAAUUCACAAAAUAAACAAAAAAUAAUUAGUCAUAUUGCUAAAAAUGUUGCUAAAAAUGUUGCUAAACAUGUUGAAGUAAAACCUGAAAGUCGUGAAAAAUUUUUAAAAUCAUACGGAGAUACGAAAAAUGCGGUGGACGCUUUGAAUAAUUUAUCGCAUGAUAGUUAUUCACUGUGGGCUGCAAAUAUCAUAAUAGUUUGUCAGGCCUUAGCAGUAUAA